AUGCCUCAAGCGACGUGCAGAGUCUAUUGCAUGACAGGAGUAGAGGCUGCAGGCUCAAGUAAUCUUGUUAUGGGUCGAUGCAUGAUUGUUGGUAAAUCUUUGUGUGUGUUGUAUGAUUUUGGAGCGACACACUCCUUUGUGUCAAUUGCUUGUGUGGAACGUCUGGGUCUGCCGGUGCGCGAGCUACAGUGUGAGCUUGUGGUAUCUACUACAACGUAUGGUUUGGUCAGGAUGUCGUCCUUAUGUGCUAAGUGUCCGGUGGAGGUAGAAGGACGCAGGUACAAGGUGAAUCUAAUCUGUUUACCUCUACAAGAGUUGGAGGAGAAGGAAGGGACGUCAGUUAUACCGGUGGUGCACAAGUUUGUGGAUGUGUUCCCGGAUGAGGUGUCGGGGUUGCCUCCCAACAGAAAGGUGGAGUUCUCUAUUGAUCUAGUACCAGGAACAGGUCCGAUAUCGAUGACCCCAUACCACAUGGCUCCAGCAGAGUUGGUAGAACUCAAGAAACAAAUAGAAGAGUUGUUGGGGAAGUAG